UACGGUGAUUUAUUUAAAAUGAGUGAUAGAGGCGGUUAUAAAUGCUGUGUAAUCAACUGUCAAAGUGCAAGUACCGAAAAACGAGGAAUAAAGGAGACCUUAUUCCGAUUUCCAAAAGAUGCAGAAAGGUCUAAAUUGUGGAUACUAGCUUGUAAUCGAGAUGAUCUAUCAUUGAAGAAAGCUAUAGACUUAUAUAAUAAUUAUAGAGUGUGUAGGCUUCAUUUUGAAAAUAAGAUGUUUCUAAAUUACGAAAAAACGAGAUUGCAACCAAAUGCUGUUCCAAGUCCUGUUAUUAGGAACAAUGAAGAAGAAGCAGGUCCGAGCAGGUCAAAUAAUAUGAAUGUCGAAGAGCAUGAAUCCAAUGAAAUAUACUAUACAGCUGCAGAAUUAAUACAUGUUUUAGAAGUGAAUACAACGCAUACAGAAGUUGGAACAAAAGAAUCAACAAUGACAAAUGUAGGAAUUCAAACAGGUUUAUCACUUACUUCAAAAUCUCCACAAAAAGUCAAACUGUACCAAAAAAUUAAGAAGUACCAAAAGAGGAUAUCAGUUUUGGAAUCAAAACUUCAGCAAACACAGGAUUGCACACUAGAGGAUAUUAAUUC